AUGACGGCCACGCUCUAUGGUAGGCUGCUGCUGCUACUACUGACCUGUUUCCAGGGCUUUGUCCAUGCGCGCCGCCUGAACGAUUUCGUGCGCCACUUCGAGCCCCUGUCGUACGAGCCGCGGCCGGUGCACAGGGAACACGUGCGCGUCAGGCGAUCACUGGGCGGCCGCGACUCGCAGCAUCAGCACGGAAUUGUUUACCUCCGCUUCCAAGGCUUCGACAGGUUGUUCCAUCUGAAGCUGAGGCCAGACGCGUCCGUAUUUCACAAGGACCUCGUGGUCGAGACUUCGAAGCUCGGUCGAGUGAAACCGAAUAUCGACCACAUAUACAGCGGUGAACUAGUCGGCGAUCCCUCCAGUCGGGUAUUCGGAGCCCUGCAUAGUGGCGUGUUCGAAGGGUUCAUCCAGUCCCGCUGGGGCCGCUUCUACGUCGAAGGGGCACGCAAGUUCUUCGCACGACGUACGCCUUUCCACUCAGUGAUGUACGCCGCCGAAGACGCUAGCAUGCCUCGCGGAGGAUGGUGCGGUGUACGCGGUGAGACUGCACACUGGAUGCAGCAGCUGGCAGCCUCCACCAGGCGAACGCAAGAUGCUAUCUUAAAGGAAAGCCACCGCAGCUCAAGGACAGAGCGUUGGACGGGUCGGAGGCCCUUGGAAGCAGAAGGGGCCGAGGAACACUACUACCACGGCACGGAAGACGAGGAAGACGGUGACAGUAUGGCCAGUCCCGUGAAGCGGAGGAAGAGCGUGCGCACUUACCGCGUGUGUGGCCUGCACAUCGCCGUCGACCACCUGCUGUACAAGAAGUACCACGAGCAGGACAGCGACGCCGUGCGCACGCGGGAGCGCCUCUCCACGCUCAUUGCUGGUCACGUGGCCCGCGCUUCCGAGGUCUACCGCCACACGAGCUUCGGCGGAGUUCACGACAUCAACGAUACCGCAAGCUGCUCGGACAAGGAGAACCAGUUCUGUCAGGAGCACAUGGACGCAGCUCUCUUCCUGCUGACCACGGCGCGGUCCACCAAUUUCGACGAUUACUGCCUCGCGUACACGUGGACAUACCGCGAUUUCUCGGACGGCGUCCUCGGUUUAGCCUACGUGGGAAAUUCAACAACCAGCACUAUGGGUGUGUGCGACAAGAGCCAGCUUGUGCAGACAGACCAGCACGGCCACAAGCAUGGGCUGACCAGACUGAGCCUGAACACGGGCAUCGUGACGUUCCUCAACUACGGCGAUCACGUGUCACAGGCCUCCAGCGAGAUCGCCUUCACUCACGAGAUCGGUCACAAUUUUGGAUCGCCCCACGACGAGCCGGAUAGUAGCCCGUGCGUGCCGGGUGACAAGAGAGGCGGGAACUACAUAAUGUACCCGCACACCAGCAGCGGCGCCCUUCCCAACAACUUCCAGUUCUCCGAGUGCAGCAUCGCCAACAUCAGCGCAGUCAUCCAGCCCAUGCUGAAGGGUGACAGCAGGCGUGAGAAUUGCUUCGAAGGGAUCCCUCCAACAACCUUAUGGAUCUAG